AUGAGAUAACUUAAAAUAAAUAAUCAAUACUUUACACAAAAGAGAAUUUCGUAAGGAUCCUUUGGCAUUGUAAUGUAAGGAUUUGAUUAAAGAAAUGGUAAAUUGGUGGCCAUAAAAAUUGAAAGACCAGAAAAUGAACAUUUACAUUCAUUAGAUCGAGAAGUGGAAAUUUUAUCAAGGUUAUAAAAUAUAAAGGGAAUACCAAAAUUACUUUAUUAUGGAACUUAUGAGAAUUAUAAUACAAUAGUGAUGGAAUUACUUUAAAAAGAUUUAUCCUCUUUAAUAAAGCAAAGGAAAAAAUUUAGUUUAAAAUCGAUACUUUAAAUCACAAUUUAGCUGAUCACAAUUUUAGAAGAAAUACAUAAAUAGGGUGUAUUGCAUAGAGAUUUGAAACCUGAAAAUAUAAUGUUGGAUGAUUAAAAUGCUAUUUAUCUAAUAGAUUUUGGGAUUAGUAAAAUAUUUUAACGUAAAAAUGGAGGCCUAAUGUAUAAUAUUUAAAUAUAAGACAAGACCUUUUAAAGAGAAAGUGCCUUUCGUUGGAACUGCUCGUUAUGCAUCUAUUGCUGCUCAUAAAGGAUAAGAAUUAAGUAGAAAGGAUGAUGUAGAAUCAUUAUUUUAUGUAAUGAUCUUCUGUUUAAAAGGGUAUUAAUUGUUUUGAUCAUUAGAUUAGUACUUUACCAUGGCAGAAUUUAAGACACAUCCCAGAUGAUUAAAGAACCUAAAAAAUAGGGGAAUUGAAAGAAACAACAGAUCCAAAAGUAUUAUUUAAAGAUUUGCCAAUAGAAUUUAUUAAAAUUUAUGAGUAAUAUAAGUUUAGAUAGUAAUAGAUAUUUAAGAAAAUUAACAUACAACACUGAACCAGAUUAUAAAACAAUAAUUAAAUUAUUACAAUAAGCAGCUAAACAUUUAAAUAUAAUAUUAGACAAUAGAUACGAAUGGGAUUAAUAAAAUAAUUAUUAAGAUCUUGUUGUGAAUAGAUUUGGAUCUUUAUAGCCUGAAGAGACAUAAAUUAAGAACUAUGAAAAAUUUUAAUCAAAUAUCAACAAUAACAUUUAUUAGAAUACACAUUCAAGACCAAGUCAAUUACAACUUCCUAUGAUGAAAUUGGAAUCAAAUUAAACGAACAAUAGUAAUUAUGGAAGUGGGAAUUAUAAUAAUAGUAUUUAUAAUUCAGUUGGCAUUAUUUACUCUCUGUCAAAUGAAGAAAUAAGUGAAGAAUUGUAAGAACCAAUUCCAGAUGAACAAGAAAGCUAAAUCUUUAUAAAUGUUUAAGCAUUUCCUGAUCAUCUUAAAAAACCUCAUUAAUAGAAGAGUAAUAAUCAGAGUGAAGAAGAGUUUUAAUUUAUUGAAGACAAUCUAUUAUCUGAUAAAUACUAAAAAUUAAAUGCAUAAGUUACUACUAAUUAGUAGUGUCAUAAAAAAUGA